UCACUGCUCAGUAGACGCAACUACUCGGAAGCUGUCCGAUAAGACUACUUCGCUGGUCAGCCGUUCGCGUGUCUGUGGCCACAACACAAAGUGAUGCUAUCCGAGACAGCCGACAUUUGCGCUCGAUGCGACACAGAUAUAAACACACAGCAGCUAUGGUGGUGAGAGUGAUUUUGGUGCUGGUUUUGAGCGUGUGCAGUUCUACUCCCGCGCUGAGUGCAGCUAGUAGCGAGCAGCGACCUUGCACGGUGACGUUCAGCGAGCGUGGCCGUGGUAGUGGUGUAUUUAAGCGUACCUUCAAUGGACUACCGUAUUGUGAGUUCCUGGGGAUACGCUAUGCCGAAGCUCCAACGGCGGGGCUGCGUUUCGAGAAUCCAGUUCUGCGUCAUCCGGAGGGAGAGCUGGAAUUUAAAGAGUUGGGUAGCAUAUGUCCGCAAGUGGACGACUUUAAUCAUGCCACGCAGGUUCUGGGCGAUGAGGACUGUCUGUUUAUAGACAUCUACCAUCCGGUGCGAAGUUCGCCGAAUGAUGUCCGGAAGCUCCCGGUGCUAGUAUUUGUACAUGGCGGCAGCUUUGCUGUCGGAUCAUCUACAAGUGACUUAUUCGGUGUCGAUCUUCUAAUGGAGCAUGAUAUAAUCGUGGUCAGUGUUCAGUAUCGAUUGGAUCCGUUGGGCUUCCUACGUUCCAGUCAUUUCAACAUCAGUGGAAAUUUUGGAUUGAAAGAUCAACGAGCGGCGCUACGAUGGGUUCAGCUGUACAUCAACAGAUUUGGUGGUGAUCCUACCAGGGUCACGCUUAUGGGUCAUAGUGCUGGAGCUGCUUCUGUUACGUACCAUCUAUAUUCCAACAGUUCGAAAGGUUUAUUCCACCAGGCAUUCGCUCUGGGAGGUUCCAUGCUUGCUCCGUGGGCAUUUCUGUACGAUGCAGACAACUACUCGUACCAGUACUUCCGAGAUCUAAACAUCACAACAAUCGAAGAGUUGAAAAAUGUUGAUUUCAAGACGUUCUGGAACAAAGAUAUCGUGUACAAAUUUGCAACGGUACACUAUGCGUUUUGUGUUCCGAGUGCGGAAGCUGAUGAACCGGACGCAUUCUUCACCAAAUCACCUCCAGAUUUGAUUCGCGAAAAACCGAUCAAUGCUGUGCCUCUGCUGUUUGGGCAAUCCUCGGAGGAAUUUGAAUUAUUCCUUAGCUACGUGCAUGACUACUGGAUGGGCGAAAAUUACCCGAACAUUCAGAAUGAGACACUGAAACACUACAUCGAAGAUGUGGUGGAUAGGGCGGCCGAACUGGCGGAGAGUAUCAACGUCGAGCUGAGCAAAGACGUGUUCUACCAGGAGCUGUCAAACACCGCGAAUUGGUUCUUCCCAAACAAACUACUACUGAACGAAUAUUCCAGGUGGGUUCGCGAUGCGACCUACUUCUUUCGGUUCCAGUACGAUGGAAAGUUUGGACGGUUCAAGCGAGAAUUCCAGGAGGCACUGGUCGGAGUUAAACAUUACGGAGCGAUUCACGGUGACGAGUUGGGGUACAUUUUCACGCCGAAUAAUGUAGAAGAUGCUCUAGCUAACCGAAGCCUGUAUGAGGAAGAGUGGAUGGUGCACGAGAGAACGGUGCAGUUGGUGGCGAGCUUUGUGAAAUUUGGAACACCAAAUAAGAAUCAAAUGGAACUGGUUUGGCAACCGUACAAAAGUUUUUCUUCAAGCCCACGGUAUUUAAACAUAGACAAAACAUUCGAAAUUCGCACGGAACAAAGAAGUUUGUACCACGCUUUUUGGAGUAUCAUCUACCAGUGUCUCUACCACUACAGCUGCAGUGAAAUAGACGAUUUACCGCGACUUGUGGAAAGGUAUAGCCGAGGCAACCUAUGAAAACAUAAAUAAAACCUAGGUGUACAUGUUUA